GAAAACUCUCAUCAGGAAUACUCAGUCGUUUAUAAAACAUACCAGAGAAUUUCAUGACGUCAUCAAAAUCCGUGGAGAGAGGCAAAUAUUCCAUUCCUCAGAGAAAACGGAAUCAAGAUAGCAAGGAGAAAUAGUGGCGGUGGAACAGUAUACCAUGAUCUAGGAAAUCUUAAUCUAUCAUUUAUCACCAGUAAACAGCAGUAUAAUAGGAAGACUAAUCUUGAGUUGAUCUGCCGAAGCUUAAGAAGAUUAGGAUUGGAACCUGAAAUAAACAGCAGAGAUGAUCUUAUUAUCAACCAGAAAAAGGUCAAGAGAGGGAUUAUUAGUGUCUGGCUAGAUAUGGUAAUAUCAGGAACAGCUGCAAAAAUUGCGAGAAACCGGGCAUAUCAUCAUUGUACAAUACUAGUGGAUGUGCAGCGAGAUUUACUGAGCAAAUCUUUAAAUAAUCCUUUUUCAAGUAUUCUUAAAACCAAUGCAACACCUAGCAUCAGGUCCCCUAUAGAGAAUAUAUCUGGUGCUAGCAAGGUGACAACUGACGAGGUUGAAACUGCCAUCGCUCAAGAGUUCUCAACAGAUACAUUCAUUUUAGAUGCACAGGAUGUUGUACCUGAAGCGGCAUUGAAAGCUAAGGCUGCUGAGCUGGUCAGCUGGGGUUGGAUCUAUGGGAAAAGUCCAAAAUUUGAAAUUGACGAAAUAGUUCCAAUUAACGGGGAAAAGAUCAACAUUUCUGCCAGUAUUGUUGGAGGAUAUAUACAGGAGCUGAACGUAGGAGAGCAUAAUAAUGUGUUAAAUGAUAAAAUAUUGUUCAAAUCGGAAUCAUUUCUUGAGAUUGCUGACUCACUUAGAAACGACGAGAGAGAAGCUGUUUUACACUUCCACAGGAUUAUAUUAAAUGUUGCAUAAUUAUUAAAAAUAUUCGUAAGUUUUUAGUAAACAAUCUUUUUAUAAAACUUUUAUGUAUGACCCACCUUUAAAUCCCUAUAGACAAUCUUACUUUUAUGUAAUCUAAUUGUGUAAAUUUUCUACUGCAAAUUCACACAAUUAUUUGAAUCUUUUAUUCUUUAUGUAUAUAUAUCUAUAUAUAAAUUUGGCUUGUCUG